AAUUAUUCAAUUUGCGAAUUUUUUCAAUUCGGACACCAUGUAUUUUGACAAAGAAGAAAAAGUUGUUGACAUUGCCUUUGCUCAGGACUGUGUGAGUGAGAUGGAGUAUGUUUCUGGUUUUGGUGCGUGCAACUCCUUCAUCCGAAGGAGAAGCAUCCGGAGUGCACGUGUGACCGACCCGCAUGCAUUAAAAAGCGCGCACACGUGGCUUGUGCUUUGGGCAAAGAACCUUCGUAAAAAGUGA